GGCACCGCUCAGAUCUGCUUUUCCCUGGCUGCGGGCGCUGAGGCGGCAUCCGGGAGAGGUGUCUUCUGCAAAGGUUGUCUGGCGUUGUCCAACAUGGAGGAGGCACCGACUGCGGGCGUCACCUGGAAGGGGGACUAAUCCCCGCCCGGCGUUUCGGGCAGGGCGUUCAGUCCCAAGCCGUGGGACUUCACCGCCUGUCUGCACGCCCCACGCACGGCAGACCCCGGCUCCGGUGCUUCCUCGGGCCGCGGGCUUGCAGACCCGGACGCUGUGCUCGGAGGAAACACGGCGACCCCGAAUCUGCCUGAGCCAUGGGCAACGAGGCGAGCCUGGAAGGGGAAGGGCUUCCUGAAGGGCUGGCGGCGGCGGCGGCGGCAGCGGCGGCCGGAGGAGGGGCUGGCGGGGCGGGGAGCCCCUUGCACACCGUGAUCCCUGCCGGCAUGGAGGCGGAUCUGAGCCAGCUAAGCGAAGAGGAGAGGAGACAGAUCGCCGUUGUCAUGUCAAGGGCGCAGGGGCUACCCAAGGGAAGCGGUCCCUCGGCCACUGCGGAGCCGCCUCCCAUGCACAGGAAACAAGAGUUGGAUAGUAGUCAUCCUCCAAAGCAACCAGGAAAACCACCAGACCCUGGGCGUCCAAUUCAGCCUGGUCUUAGUAAAAGUAGAACUACAGACACGUUGAGGUCAGAGCCGAAAUUGCCUGGAAGGAGUCCUUCUACCAUUAGCUUGAAGGAAUCAAAGUCCAGAACUGAUUUUAAGGAAGAGCACAAGUCUAGUAUGAUGCCUGGCUUCUUUUCUGAAGUUAACCCUUUAAGUGCUGUCUCCUCUGUUGUAAAUAAAUUCAAUCCUUUUGAUUUGAUAUCAGACUCUGAUACAUCCCAGGAAGAAAUUGCCAGGAAACAAAAAGUAGGUCAGAAGGAACAAGGAAAACCUGAGGGAACCACAAAGCCUCCAUCACAACAGUCACCCACAGCAGUUCCUAAGCAGCAAAGAUCUGUGAGGGCACCACUUCAGCAGGAGGGCUCUCCCAAAUCAGCAACUUCCCAGCAACCAGAAAAAAUGAAAUCACAACCUCCGGGGACAGGAAAGUCACCUCAGGGGGUUACCCAAGCUCCUCAGACAGACCAGACAAAAUUGCCACCUCAAAGAGAUACAGUCAGGCCUCAGUCUAAACAGCCAGACACAGUCAAGGGUGAAGCAGUUAAACCCUCACUCCAAAGUUCAUCCAAACUACCAAUUCAGCAAGCAAGUCCUGGAAAGCCUCCAGGACUUGAUAAACCUCCAGGACCUUCCAUGUCACAGCCUGGGCCUUCAAAGUCUCCAGCUCAGCAACUAGGGUCAGCAAAACCCUUUGCUCAACAGCCAGCAGUGGCAAAACCCUCACCUCAGCAACUGACAGCAAAACCCCCAGCCCAGCCACCAGGAACAGUGAAGCCUGCAGCUCAGCAGUCUGGACCCAAACCUGCUCAGACUCAUGGGUCUGCAAAGCCCCAAGUUCAACAGACUGGGCCAGAGAAGCCCCCAUCUCAGCAGCCUGGACCUGCAAAGACUACAGCUCAGCAUCUUGGACCAACUAAACUCCCACCACAACCAGGGACACCAAAAUCCCCAGCUCCUUCUUCUGGUCCACAGUCUUUAGCUCAGCCACAUGGGCCUGCAAAGACUGUAACUCAGCAAACUGUAUCAGGGAAGUCUCUGGCUCAGCAGCCUGGACCAGGAAAGACCCUAAUUCAGCAGGGUGGCCCAACAAAGCCCCCUCCUCAACAGCCUGGUUUAGUAAAAGCUUCUUCUCAACUGCCUAGCUCAACAAAACCCUCAGCUCAGCAGUCUGGCCCAGUAAAGCCUUCAGCUCAGCAGUCUACAAAACUAGCAAGCCAAAUAGGAGCUGGGAAACCUCUGCAGCAAUCCACAUCUCCAUCAGCAGGGCAGGCUUCAGUACAAGGCCUCCCUAAAACCAUCUGUCCUCUUUGCAAUACCACUGAACUUCUGUUGAAUGUUCCAGAAAAGGCCAAUUUUAACACAUGCACCGAGUGUCAAACUACUGUCUGUAGCCUCUGUGGUUUUAAUCCUAAUCCUCAUUUAACCGAGAUAAAAGAAUGGCUCUGUUUAAACUGCCAAAUGAAAAGAGCUCUUGGAGGUGAAUUAGCUCCAGUUCCAUCAUCACCACAGCCCAAGCAGAAGAGUGUCCCUGCUUCAGCAAUAAGCAGACCAUCUCAGCAGUCACAGCAGAUUUCUCCGAAAAAGAAUAUGGCACCCAAACAAGAUAUCUCAAAGGUCCCUGCGUCUAAAAAACCCCCACCACUAGUGAAGCAACCAACACUUCAUGGUUCUCCCUCCGUCACAGCCAAGCAACCUUCAGUGGUGGAAUCCUCAUCCCAGCCAGCUCCUUCUAAUGAGACUUCUGUCCCAUCUGAACAGAGCAAGGUUCCUAUAGCAGAUGAUAAACCAAAGCAGCCCAAGAUAGUAAAGCCAGCGGCAGACAUGCUGUCUGCAGCAGCAGCAGCAGCAACAAAACAUGAUAUUCCAGUCAAAAUACAGUCAGAAGAUCAAGAGAAAACAACCCCUCCUCUAAAAAUGGACACCGCCAAACCCUCACAAAGUUUUCCACCAACAGGAGAGAAAGUCACCUCAUUGGAUUCUAACAUCAUACCUCGACCUGCAUCUGAUUCAAAAAUUGUUUCACAUCCUGGGUCCAGUUUGGAGAGCAAAGAUAAAAAACAAGUUGAUUCGGUUCAAAAGCGAGAAGAACUCAAGAAAGCACAAAUUAAAGCGAGUCCUAAGCCAGAUGCCAAACCAGUGCCAAAAUCAUCACCGACGCCCCAGAGCCCACGACCUACCACUGGCCAAAUUACCCCUGCAUCUCAGCAGCCCCCUAAACCCCAGGAGCAGUCAAGACGCUUCAGUCUGAAUUUGGGUAGUAUUACUGAUGUUCCUAAAUCACAGCCCACUACUCCUCAAGAAACUGUGACUGGAAAACUUUUUGGAUUUGGUGCAUCAAUCUUCAGUCAGGCCUCAAAUCUAAUAUCCACAGCAAGUCAACCUGGAUCUCAUUCACAAGGUGGACCAGGGGGGCUGGCAAAACAAGCCCCACCUCCUUCACAGCCACCAGCUUCUCAGGAGUUUCCCAAGCCCACAGGCCAGGCAGCACUAACACCUGCAAAGGUUACACCUAUGAAAAAGGAAAUGAAAGCUCUGGUAGCUGAAAACCUAGAGUCCAAACCUGAACAAAUGAUGACAGCAAAAAUAACAGCUACUGAAAAGAAACCUUUGCCUACUAAGGAUAGCAAACCUCCAAUAGCUGAACCUCAAAAAACUGCCCUCCCCAAAGUGGAAAAACCUACAUCAGAAUCAGUCUGUCCUCUUUGCAAAACUGAACUCAAUGUAGGCUCUAAGGAACCUCCUAACUUCAGUACUUGUACUGAAUGCAAGAAACAAGUGUGUAAUCUCUGUGGAUUUAACCCUACACCCCACUUGACUGAGGUUCAAGAAUGGCUUUGUUUAAAUUGCCAAACUCAGAGAGCAAUGUCAGGACAACUUGGAGACAUAGGCAAAACACCGCCCACACCAUCAGGACCAAAAUCAUCUCCUAUGCCUAUAUCUACAGAACAGCCAUCACAGAAAACAGAAAUGCCUAUCCAAGUCAAAGUAAAAAAAGAACAAGAAAUGAAAAGAGAAGUAGAAAAAAUCAUUCUGGAAAAAGAGUCUCCAUCAGUUGAAAAAAUCCUCCCUCAGGUAGCCACAGAUCAAAAAGAAGAAGCUAAACUAGUGAAAGACAAAACAUUAGCCUUUCAAGAAAAGAAGCCACCACCUGAAGAUAAAAUACCACCCCAGGAAGACACAAAGCUACCCACAAAAGAAAAAAAGACAGACCCUGAAGACAGAAAGUCACUCCCAGAGGAAAAAAAGAUAACUCCUAAAGACAAAAAGCCAAUAGCUGAAGAUAAAAUAUCACCACCAGGAGCAAAACCUUCAAUUCUAGAGGAGGAACAGAAACAUGACUUACUUAAAACUCAGGUACAAAUUGCCGAAGGAAAGCUCAAAGACAUAGUGACUCCAAAGGCAAUGCAAGAUGUGAAACAGCUCCCAGUCAAGAUGGAAGGUUUACCACCUGAUAUGCCUCAGAAAUUGCCUGAAGAUGAUGAAACCGCUCAGAAAACAAAAGAGCAACCACAGGCAGUUUGUUCAGCAAAACCUGAUCAGAUGGAACCUGUCAAAGAAAAAUCCGAAAAGGAAGAUGACAAAUCAGACACCUCAAGUUCUCAGCAGCCGAAAAGCCCACAAGGUCUAAGUGACACGGGAUAUUCUUCUGAUGGGAUAUCAAGUUCACUAGGUGAAAUUCCAAGUCUUAUUCCUAGUGAUGAAAAGGAUUUGCUCAAGGGACUCAAAAAGGAUUCUCCUUCACAAGAAAGUAGCCCUUCUAGCCCUUCAGAUUUGGCUAAGUUAGAAAGUACAGUCCUAUCCAUAUUGGAAGCUCAGGCAGGUACUCUUGUUGAUAAAAAAUCAGAAGAUAAAGCACAACCUCAAGUGGUUUCUUCUGAGCAGCCCAAGGACCAGCAGAAAACCCAAAGUUUACAUGUAACAAUAAAGAGUACAAUUACAGAAGAGGAGCUCAAAAAGGGCCAAGAAGAAAAAGACACUUUAAGAAAAGAUAGCCAACAAGACAUUCCUUCUAAAAAAGAUCACAAAGAAAAGUCUGAGUUUGUUGAUGACAUAGCUACAAGAAGACAGUCUUAUGAUUCAGUUGAAGAUAGUAGUGAAAGUGAAAACUCCCCCGUUCCACAAAGAAAGCGGAGAAUGAGUGUUGGUUCAUCAAGCAGUGAUGAGUAUAAACAAGAAGAUAGUCAAGGAUCAGGUGAAGAGGAAGACUUUAUCCGAAAACAAAUCAUAGAAAUGAGUGCUGAUGAAGAUGCUUCAGGUUCUGAAGAUGACGAAUUCAUCAGAAGCCAGCUUAAAGAGAUUAGCAGUACUAUCGAGGGUCAGAAAAAGGAAGACUCAAAGGGCAAAGGAAAAGCAUCAGCAGGGAAACACAGGCGGUUGACUCGAAAAAUUAGUGCAAGCUUUGAUGAUGAUCCUGGAAGAAGACAUUCAUGGCAUGAUGAAGAUGAUGAGACAUUUGAUGAAAGUCCUGACCUUAAAUACAGAGAAACGAAAAGUCAGGAGAGUGAAGAACUUGUAAUUGCCGGAGGAGGUGGGCUACGUAGAUUCAAAACAAUUGAACUCAACAGCACAAUAGCAGAUAAAUAUUCUGCAGAGGCAUCCCAGAAGAAAACUGCUUUGUAUUUUGAUGAAGAGCCAGAAUUAGAAAUGGAAAGCCUGACAGACUCUCCAGAAGACAGAUCAAGGGGAGAAGGAUCUUCUAGUCUUCAUGCUUCCAGCUUCACUCCUGGCACGUCCCCUACAUCAGUAUCUUCCCUUGAUGAAGACAGUGAUAGUAGUCCAAGUCACAAGAAAGGAGAGAGCAAGCAGCAACGCAAAGCUCGACACAGAUCACAUGGUCCUCUUUUACCAACUAUUGAAGAUUCUUCUGAAGAAGAAGAACUGAGAGAGGAAGAAGAAUUACUAAAGGAGCAAGAAAAACAACGGGAACUAGAACAACAACAAAGAAAAUCUUCUAGCAAAAAAUCAAAGAAAGACAAAGAUGAACUUAGAGCUCAGAGAAGGAGGGAAAGACCAAAGACACCUCCCAGCAAUCUCUCUCCCAUUGAAGAUGCAUCUCCAACAGAAGAGUUACGUCAGGCUGCAGAAAUGGAGGAGCUCCAUCGGUCUUCUUGUUCUGAAUACUCACCUAGCAUAGAGUCAGACCCAGAAGGCUUUGAAAUAAGCCCAGAAAAGAUAAUAGAAGUACAAAAAGUUUAUAAAUUGCCCACGGCUGUGUCUUUAUACUCUCCUACAGAAGAUCCAUCUAUGAUGCAGAAAGAAGUUGGCCAAAAGGCAUUAAAAACUGCUGAGGAGAUGUAUGAAGAAAUGAUGCAUAAAACUCAUAAAUAUAAAGCUUUCCCAGCUGCAAAUGAACGUGAUGAGAUAUUUGAAAAAGAACCUCUGUAUGGUGGCAUGUUAAUUGAGGAUUAUAUUUAUGAAUCUUUAGUAGAGGACACAUACAAUGGUUCAGUUGAUAGCAGUCUACUAACAAGGCACGAGGAUGAAAAUGGAUUUAUGCAGCAGAGAGGGAGAGAACAAAAAAUAAGACUGCCAGGACAGAUUUAUGAAGAUCCUAUGCAAAAAAUUUCAGACCUCCAAAAGGAGUUUUAUGAGUUAGAAAGUUUACACACUGUUGUGCCUCAAGAAGACAUUGUUUCAAGCUCUUAUAUCAUCCCUGAAAGUCAUGAGAUAGUGGAUCUGGGCAGUAUGGUCCCUUCUACCAGUGAGGAAAAAAAGUUGCUAGAUGCUGACGCUGCCUAUGAAGAACUCAUGAAAAGGCAACAGAUGCAAUUAACGCCUGGAUCCAGUCCAACCCAACUUCCCAUCAGGGAUGACAUGACAGAGUCCACUAUAGAAUUUGAUAGGGUACCUGAUGCAUCUAUGACAUCAAGUGUUCUCUCAGGAGCAUCUCUCACAGACUCAACCAGCAGUGCAACACUCUCUAUCCCAGAUGUUAAAAUAACCCAACACUUUUCAACAGAAGAAAUUGAGGAUGAAUAUGUAACUGAUUAUACAAGAGAAAUUCAAGAGAUUAUUGCUCAUGAAUCUCUGAUUUUGACCUACUCUGAGCUUUCAGAAAGUGCUACAUCUGUCCCGCCUUCUGACACACCUUCUCUCACAUCAUCCAUCUCUUCAGUUUGUACCACAGAUAGUUCCUCACCUAUUACAACCCUGGAUAGUGUGACUACCAUUUAUACAGAGCCAGUGGAUAUAGUAACUAAAUUUGAAGAUUCUGAAGAAAUUUCUUCAACGUAUUUUCCAGGCAGCAUUAUAGACUAUCCAGAAGAAGUAAGCAUGUCUUUAGAUCAGACUACUAUACCAGAUGAUAGAAGUAGUGCUGAUGAUAUUGUUAUUGCCUUAUCUGACAUGGCAGCUACUAUCAUAGAAUCUACAGGAACCAAACCAGAAGAACUUGCUGUUGACACUGUUUCCACAGACUUAUCAAUAUCUGACAGCGACUCAUUGAAAAAAGCCAAGAAAGAAACAAACGGAAUUAUUCUGGAAGUUUUGGAAGCAUACAGAGAUAAAAGGGCAGAGUCUGAGGCUGAAAUAACAAAAGUCAGCAUGGACAAAACAAUAUUUGAUCAACCAACUUUUUCAAAAGUCCUCCCAGUGAAGGAGCAGGCUUCAGCUACAUGCUUUAUAUCUGGAGAGGUCUUUGCUCAAGCAAAACCUGCACCUCAGUUAUCUAGCAGUACAUCUGUUUCCUCACCUCCAACUAAAACCCAUCCGUUAUUUCGAAGUCCAUCUUUAGACAUAUCGGCCCAACCUCCUCCCCCACCUCCACUUCCCCCUCCUCCUCCCCCUCCCCCUCCUCCCCCUCCUCCCCCACCACUUCCUCCUCCAACAUCACCUAAACCACCAAUUCAUCCUAAAAAAAGAUCAGCCUUUGCAGCUCCAGUGACUCUAACCACUACAGGUACACCUCUAACAGAUAUUGUUACUACUGUAGAUACCACAGCUAUUCCAAGAAGCAAUGGUUUCCCUGUAGCCAAAGUAUGUACCACUGUACCUCCUCCUGUUCCUCCUAAGCCGUCUUCUAUUCCAUCAGGACUUGUUUUUACUCAUAGACCUGAGCCAAGCAAACCUCCAAUUGCCCCAAAACCAGUAGUUCCUCAACUUCCAGUAACUAUACAAAAGUCAACAGAUACAUACCCUAAACCAACAGGUCUAUCUUUAGCUUCAAGUAUGACAUUAAAUCUAGUAACUUCAGCAGAUUAUAAAUUACCCUCUCCUACUUCCCCUAUCUCUCCUCAUUCUAACAAGUCCUCACCAAGGUUUUCCAAAUCCCUCAUGGAAACUUACGUGGUCAUCACAUUGCCAUCUGAACCUGGGACUCCAACUGAUUCUUCAGCUAGUCAGGCAAUUACCAGCUGGCCCCUGGGGUCACCCCCCAAAGAUCUGAUUUCCAUUGAACCAGUGUUUUCUAUAGUUCCUCCUAUGACGGCUGCAGAAGUUUCAAGUUCUUCAGGGCAGAAUCUGUACAUCUCUGGAGUUUUGGAAUCAUAUUCUGCUAUGCCUAUGACAACACUAUCUUCAUUUCAAACUGCCCCAACUUCUGUUACAAAGUUUGUCACAACUGAAGCUUCCAGACCUGAUGUGACAGUCCCUAGUAUUGGUCUCAGCAGUGUCUCUAUCUCAAUUCCUCCAGAACCCCUUGCUCUAAAUCACCUACAUUCAAAGAAGCCUCAGCAUAAGGAAAAUGGAAGGUUGCAACUUACUGGUGAUGCCAUUGAUUUGCGUACAGUAGCAAAAGGAGAUGUUAAAGCAACUGAAAAAUGUAUGGACCUUUCUGCUUCUACAAUAGAAUUGAAAAGACAAACUACAACAAAUGAAAUCUAUGGGAGACAAAUCAGUGCUGUCCAGUCCUCUGUUAUAAACCUCAGUGUUACUUCAUCCGUAAUAACACCCUUGCCCCUGGUCACUGAGACAGUGACUGCUGUUUCUUGCACCCCUAGCACAAGUUACACCAUGGACACAGAAAAUCUAGUGGGUAGAGAGCACACACUGACAGCACCACUCCAGCUCACAUCAAAGCAGGCUGAACCUCCAUAUAGGAUACCUAGUAGUCAUGUCUUUCCUACUGCUAGGGACGAAGCACCAAUAAACUUAUCUUUAGGUACAUUAGCGCAUGCAGGAACAUUGGCUACGACAAAACCCGUUACUGUGCCUCCUGUUGGUGUCACAAAUGGAUGGACUGAUAGUGCCACAUCCCAGGGGAUCACAGAUGGGGAAGUAGUAGAUCUUAGUACAACAAAGUCCCAUAGAACUGUUGUAACAAUGGAUGACUCUGCUUCAAGUGUGGUGACCAAAAUAAUAGAAGACGAUGAAAAACCUGUCGAUCUUACUGCAGGAAGAAGAGCUGUGUGCUGUGAUGUGGUUUAUAAGUUACCUUUUGGUAGAAGCUGCACAGCACAACAGCCAGCAACUACUCUUCCUGAAGAUCGUUUUGGUUAUAGAGAUGACCACUAUCAAUAUGAUAGAUCAGGACCAUAUGGCUAUAGAGGGAUUGGGGGAAUGAAACCUUCCAUGUCUGACACUAACUUAGCAGAAGCUGGACAUUUUUUCUAUAAAAGUAAGAAUGCUUUUGAUUAUUCUGGAGGAACUGAUGCUGCAGUAGAUCUAACUUCAGGGAAAAUUGCUACAGGUGAGGUAAUGGACUACUCAAGCAAGACUACAGGUCCAUAUCCAGAAACACGACAAGUCAUUUCAGGAGUUGGGAUUAGUACCCCACAGUACUCCACAGCAAGAAUGACUCCACCUCCAGGAUCCCAGUAUUGUGUGGGGAGUGUUUUGAGGUCAUCUAAUGGUGUUGUCUAUUCAUCAGUGGCAACUCCAAUCCCCUCCACAUUUGCUAUUACCACACAGCCUGGCUCCAUAUUCAGCACCACUGUAAGGGAUUUAUCUGGUGUGCAUACAGCUGACACAGUGGCUUCCUUAUCCACACUGCACCAGAGCCAGCCAAUGCCUAGAUCAUAUUUCCUAACAACAGGUGCAUCUGAAAUAGACAAUGCAGUAACUGGUAUUGAUAUCAAUGCUGGUUUGCAAACUAUUACUAUGGAAACGCUCACUGCUGAGACAAUGGACUCAGUUCCCGCUUUAACCACGGCAUCUGAAGUAUUUUCUGAAGUGAUGGGAGAUGAAAAUACUCUUUUAAUGGUCCCUGAAGAAGAUAAGCAGCAACAGCAGCUAGACUUAGAACGUGAGCUCUUGGAACUGGAGAAAAUUAAGCAACAGCGUUUUGCUGAGGAAUUGGAGUGGGAGCGUCAGGAAAUCCAAAGGUUCCGGGAACAAGAAAAGAUCAUGGUUCAAAAAAAACUAGAGGAGCUGCAGUCCAUGAAGCAGCACCUUCUCUAUCAGCAAGAAGAAGAAAGACAAGCCCAGUUCAUGAUGAGGCAGGAGACAUUAGCUCAGCAACAAAUACAGCUGGAGCAGAUCCAACAGCUGCAGCAACAGCUUCAUCAGCAGCUAGAGGAGCAAAAGAUUCGCCAAAUAUACCAGUAUAACUAUGAUCCUUCUGGAACUGUUUCUCUGCAAACCACUACAGAGCAAGCAAUUUUGGAAGGUCAGUACACUGCCCCAGAAGGUGGUCAGUUUUGGAUAGCUGAAGACACAACCACCACAGCCUCAACUGUUGUGGCGACUGAAAUACCACAAAGCCAGGGGUGGUACACAGUUCAGUCUGAUGGUGUUACUCAGUAUAUUGCCCCACCUGGCAUUUUGAGUACUGUUUCAGAAAUACCUCUGACAAAUGUUGUAGUAAAAGAUGAUAAACAACCCAAAAAGAGAACUUCUGGAUCUAAAGUCCGCGGACAAUAUGAUGAGAUAGGAGAAAAUAUGGCAGAUGAUCCCCGAUCUUUUAAAAAGAUAGUGGACAGUGGUGUACAAACUGAUGAUGAAGAUGCAGCAGAUCGUAGUUAUGCGAGUAGAAGAAGGAGAACUAAAAAGAGUGUUGAUACAAGUGUCCAAACUGACGAUGAAGAUCAGGAUGAAUGGGAUAUGCCUACUAGAUCAAGGAGAAAAGCUCGUGUAGGAAAAUAUGGUGAUAGUACUCCGGAGGCUGACAAGACUAAACCUCCUUCCAAAGUCUCCAGUAUAGCAGUUCAAACAGUGGCAGAGAUAUCUGUGCAAACUGAACCCGUUGGAACCAUACGAACACCUUCGAUACGGGCACGCGUGGAUGCCAAGGUAGAAAUAAUUAAACAUAUUUCAGCACCUGAAAAGACCUACAAAGGAGGCAGUUUAGGAUGUCAAACAGAAACAGAUUCAGACACACAAAGUCCUCAAUAUCUGAGUGCCACAUCUCCACCCAAAGACAAGAAACGCCCAACACCUUUAGAGAUUGGUUAUUCAUCUCACCUUCGGGCAGAUUCCACAAUGCAGCUGGCUCCUUCCCCACCCAAAUCUCCAAAAGUCCUUUACUCACCCAUCUCACCACUUUCACCAGGCAAAGCCUUAGAAUCAGCUUUUGUACCUUAUGAAAAACCCCUCCCUGAUGAUAUAAGUCCACAGAAAGCACUGCAUCCAGAUAUGGCUAAAGUUCCCCCAGCAAGUCCUAAGACAGCCAAGAUGAUGCAGCGGUCUAUGUCUGACCCCAAGCCUCUGAGUCCAACAGCAGACGAAAGUUCCAGGGCUCCUUUCCAAUAUACCGAGGGUUACACGACAAAAGGCUCUCAAACCAUGACACCAUCUGGCUCCCAGAAAAAAAUUAAAAGAACCCUGCCAAACCCACCUCCCGAAGAGACCGCCACUGGAACUCAGUCAACAUACAGUACAAUGGGCACAGUUUCCAGGAGAAGAAUCUGCAGAACCAACACAAUGGCACGAGCCAAGAUUCUCCAGGAUAUAGACAGAGAGCUUGAUCUUGUGGAGAGGGAAUCUGCAAAGCUUAGAAAGAAACAAGCAGAACUUGAUGAGGAAGAAAAGGAAAUUGAUGCCAAGUUACGGUACCUGGAAAUGGGAAUUAACAGGAGGAAAGAGGCACUGUUAAAAGAGAGAGAAAAAAGAGAGCGAGCCUAUCUUCAAGGUGUAGCUGAGGAUCGGGAUUAUAUGUCUGACAGUGAAGUGAGUAGCACCAGACCAACUCGAAUAGAAAGUCAGCAUGGCAUAGAGCGGCCAAGAACUGCCCCUCAGACUGAAUUCAGCCAAUUUAUACCACCACAAACUCAAACAGAAUCUCAGCUAGUUCCUCCUACAAGUCCAUAUACUCAAUACCAAUACUCUUCACCUGCUCUUCCUACCCAAGCACCCACCCCAUACACCCAACAGUCCCAUUUUCAACAACAAACUUUGUACCAUCAACAAGUUUCACCUUACCAGACUCAACCAACUUUCCAAGCUGUGGCAACAAUGUCCUUCACUCCUCAAGCUCAACCUACACCUGCCCCACAAUCUUCUUAUCAAUUACCAUCACAGAUGAUGGUGAUACAACAAAAGCCCCGGCAAACAACACUGUAUUUAGAGCCCAAGAUAACUUCAAACUAUGAGGUGAUUCGCAAUCAACCCCUGAUGAUAGCACCUGUUUCUACUGAUACUACCUAUGCUGUUUCCCAUCUUGGUAGUAAGUACAAUAGCUUAGAUUUGAGAAUAGGGUUGGAGGAAAGAAGUAGCAUGGCAAGUAGUCCAAUAUCGAGCAUAUCUGCAGAUUCUUUCUAUGCAGAUAUUGACCACCAUACUUCACGAAAUUAUGUUUUAAUCGAUGACAUUGGCGAUAUUACCAAAGGAACAGCAUCUUUAAGUACUGCAUUUAGUCUUCAUGAAAAAGAUCUGUCUAAAACAGACCGUCUCCUUCGGACUACAGAGACACGUAGGUCACAAGAUGUGACAGAUUUCCUAGCACCUUUGCAGACAUCUUCUCGGUUACAUAGUUAUGUAAAAGCAGAGGAGGACUCAAUGGAGGAUCCUUAUGAGUUAAAGCUUCUAAAACACCAAAUUAAACAGGAAUUCCGUAGAGGGGCAGAGAGUUUAGAUCACCUUGCUGGUCUUUCCCAUUACUACCAUGCCGAUACUAGCUAUAGACAUUUCCCCAAAUCUGAGAAGUAUAGCAUUAGUCGACUCACACUUGAAAAACAAGCAGCAAAACAGCUGCCAGCAGCCAUACUUUAUCAAAAGCAGUCAAAGCAUAAGAAACCACUAAUUGACCCUAAAAUGUCAAAGUUUUCACCAAUUCAAGAAAGUAGAGAUCUUGAACCCGAUUAUUCAACUUAUAUGUCAUCCAGCACCUCAUCUAUUGGUGGCAUUUCUUCCCGAGCAAGGCUUCUUCAAGAUGAUAUCACUUUUGGCCUCAGAAAAAAUAUUACAGACCAACAAAAAUUUUUGGGAUCAUCUCUUGGCACAGGACUGGGGACAAUAGGAAAUACCAUCCGGUCAGCUCUUCAGGAUGAAGCAGAUAAACCCUAUAGUAGUGGCAGCAGGUCCAGACCUUCUUCCCGACCUUCCUCUGUCUAUGGGCUUGAUUUAUCAAUUAAAAGAGAUUCUUCCAGUUCUUCCCUAAGACUUAAAGCUCAAGAAGCUGAAGCUCUAGAUGUAUCCUUCAGUCAUGCAUCAUCCUCUGGAAGAACUAAGCCAACAAGUUUGCCAAUUAAUCAGAGUAGAGGAAGAAUACCAAUUGUGGCCCAAAACUCUGAAGAAGAAAGUCCACUCAGUCCUGUUGGUCAACCUAUGGGAAUGGCUAGGGCUGCAGCAGGACCCUUGCCACCAAUAUCUGCAGAUACCAGAGAUCAGUUUGGAUCAAGUCACUCACUGCCUGAAGUACAACAACACAUGAGAGAAGAAUCACGAACUCGAGGUUAUGAUCGUGACAUAGCAUUCAUCAUGGAUGACUUCCAACAUGCCAUGUCAGACAGUGAAGCCUAUCACUUGCGUCGGGAGGAAACAGACUGGUUUGAUAAACCCAGAGAGUCUCGUUUGGAAAAUGGACAUGGUCUAGACCGAAAACUACCAGAAAGAUUGGUCCACUCUAGACCACUGAGUCAACAUCAAGAGCAAAUUAUACAGAUGAAUGGGAAGACUGUUCACUACAUCUUUCCUCAUGCAAGGAUAAAAAUUACAAGAGAUACCAAGGAUCACACAGUUUCAGUUCAUAAAGUAUUGAGUAUAAACAGCAAUGUUCUCAUACGUUCCAAGAUUCUUUUCAGGGUCCAAGGGAAGAUGGGGCAGAAUGGCCAAGACCCUGUGAAGCAGCCAGGAGCAGGAGUAGGUCUAGCCGACACUGAAGUGAAAACUCAGGUAAUGGGAGAAAUCAAGAUUGCAUUGAAGAAAGAAAUGAAGACAGAUGGUGAACAGCUGAUUGUUGAAAUUCUCCAAUGCAGAAAUAUUACCUACAAAUUUAAAUCUCCUGAUCACUUACCAGAUUUAUAUGUGAAAAUAUAUGUGAUUAACAUCUCUACUCAAAAGAAGGUGAUCAAGAAAAAAACAAGAGUAUGUAGACAUGAUCGAGAGCCUUCAUUUAAUGAAACUUUCAGAUUCAGUUUGAGUCCAGCUGGACAUUCUCUUCAGAUUUUACUUUUCUCCAAUGGGGGGAAGUUUAUGAAAAAAACCUUAAUUGGCGAAGCUUGUAUCUGGCUUGACAAAGUGGAUCUCAGAAAAAGAAUAGUCAACUGGCACAAACUUUUGGUCAGUCCUACUCAAACUCAUUGAAGAAAUAUGUCUGCUCAGGAAAUAGAAAUUGCACUAAAUCUCACAUCAAGACCAUAGUGAAAUACUGUUGGUUUUUUUUUUGUGUGUGUUUAUUUUUAUGAGAAGAGAAGCAAAAGGCAAACAUGUAACAUGAAUGUAUUGUUCUGGGGCAAAGCAAAAGAAAAGUAAAAUGAAAAAGUUUUGUAUAUGGAAGACAAGGACAAAAUGAUCUCUGAUACUUUGCAUUUUUUGUGAUUGUCAAGAAAAAUGGUGAAAAUUUUUUAUUACUCAAUAGAAAAAUUGUUGAGCAGAGCUGAACUGUAGCUAAAGACAGAAGCUCACACAUUAGCAUAGUUUCUAAGGCAGACUGAGGUAAUCCUUUAUGCCAAAGAUCCUUGGUUGAAAAUAUUGAUGCAACAGAUCUUGGUUUUCAAAUGUCCUUAAAUCUUUGUGCUUUAUCUUACAUCCUCAGACAACUUACUCUUUUGAUAUUCUGAAAUAGAACACACCUACAUUACAUGUUCAAAACUGGGAAUAAGAUUACUGUUUUCAUUGGUAAAAAGGAAUAGGAAACAUAGGAAGUAUGACUUUUAGACUAUGCUAUAUAGGUUUUCUCUGUGUAUAAAUGUUAUAAGGAUGAACACCAGUUUUGGAGUCCAUGUUAUAAAAGCAGAUUAUAUAAUUUAAAAUAGUGUAAAGGCAAUAUGAAGUAAAAAUGAAACUACAUCUACCUAGAAAUAACUAACAAAGAAUGUUGUUCCACAAACUACUGGAAAUCUGGUUGAAAACAUAAGAUUUCCGUAAUUCAGUUUUAAGCCAAGAUACAUUUCAAUCUAUAUAUCAAAAGAAUUAGAUUAAAUUGGUAUGUUCUAGGGUGUAUGAUAACCUCUUCUUUGUGGAUUUGCAAAUAAUUGUAUUAUUCCCCUUGAUUUUCUUCUUUGGAGUAAUAUAUUGACAGAGAGAAAAUUCUUCCUCUUGGAAUCAAGUUAUCUUAACUUUGUGACAUUAUUUAAAUUGGUAUAAUUUCCUGCUCUCCCAUAAUGCUGUUAUCUCCAACAAACUUAACUGAUUAUGAGUAAAAACUAUGGCAAACUCAAGUUUGCUCUAGUAUUCCAUUUUUCUCCAUUAGUGAUUAUAUCAUAAUUAUUAAAUUCCUUAAUGUUGGGAAUUGUCAAAAAUAAACAUUAUAAUGAGGUUAAAUAUGCUUUGAACUAUUUCAAUAGUAUAAAGUAAAAGAACCUAUACCUAAAAUUUUUUAAUGUGGAAUCCUUUUUUCCAUCAACUAACAAUAUUAACAAAUAAAGUAACAGGAAACACUAAA